AGGAAGAUGAUACCUACUUCAACGCAGCCAGAAUCACAUCAAUUCUCUCCCUUGACUACAGCGUGUGGGUUGGCACGGGGGAAGGAAUCCUCAUCACUUUUGACGUCUUCACCCCGGCCCAAAAAACACCAUCGGAGUCAUCUCCCUUCAUGUCCGAGGCCAUCCUAUGCACAGACAUGGACAUUCAGUCUUGGCGUUCAUCCUCCCAGAGGAGUGACUGUGAGAGUCUUGCCAGACUGAUAGAGGUGGAGAAGAGAGUCAAGGAGAUAUACAAGGAAAGACAGGGCAAUGGCACGGAUAACACGGAUGGCAACACCGGAGACAGUGAUGCUUCAUAUAUAGAAAUGGCUAUCAAGGGGGAUAACUUGGAUAGCAGCAUUCAGAAUGUCAAGGGUAGGUUUCAGCCCGAGAAGAUUGUGAAAAGAAACUCAACAGACCUCCAGAAAGAUCCAAUGAUUGUGAAAAGUUUCAUCUCCCAAAUUGAUUUCCAAGAUAAGAAACUAGAUCUGAGUUCAUCCAAGACUGAUCUGACGAAGACGUUUUCCGCAGACUCUGCCAAAACAGACCUCUCAAUGAAGACAAAUACUUCUGGUCUUAGUUCUACUUACAGCCACCAAUCUGAUACAAGCGAUCAUGCGGUGCUUGAUAAUGCUUCACUUCACGAUUCGGGCUUUGUGCAGUUGAGUGGACCAGGCUCUGAGUCCACUGAACAUUCCUUGAACACUUCCCUGCAGGAGGAUGGUCAUAAGAAUACUGUGUUACCCAGCCCAUUGGAAUCAGGUGCAGACAACAAUAACCUGCCUCCCAGUUCACAGCCCAUGGUGGAUUAUGGGACUCGGCAGGGAAGUCGGGAUGAUCCAUCAACUCAAGUGAGUCGCCAAGGUCCGUGGUCCCAUGAAACAGGCAAUGAAAACUAUGAGAUGAGACAAACAAGAAGGUCCGAGGACAGUGGUGUGUCAUCGCUCAAUGAGAGAAUCGGGGAUGAUCUUAAAGUGAAGAGUGAAUCUUUUAUUCACAAGGUCAUUGUAAAGGGGAAUGCAGAAUUUGUGAACAACCUUAAAAACAUUGAAGGUGGUGGGGUUUCAACGAAGAGUUUAGAAUCUCACAUCAGUGGAUCACUGGAGCAUUAUUCAAAUAGUGACCUUAAAAUUGCUGGGGAUCAAAUUUCUGCAACCGAAAGGAUAAAGAAUGGUCAGUCAGUGUUUUCCAACGGCAGGAGUGUUUCCGAGGAGUCCAACAAAACAAAUGAAUCCGAUGAUGUAUUCCAGGACUGUGAAGGCAAGCAGGAUGUGGUAGGUCCUCAGCAGCAAGUAAUGCCCCACCAAGUGGAGGAUGGGAAGCAGGCUGUGGACACAUGGGUCAAAGGUCAGAAAGUUGUGUUCAACAAUGACGUGGUUUCAGACCAACCGCAGCAGGUUGUGUGCGACAACACUGUCACUCAGGAAAGUCAAGACAGCCUAUCCAAUGGGUUUCAUGUCGGUCUGGAUCAGGCUGAACAUUCCUCCCAUACCAAGGACAUCUUCCAGCGGCAAGACUCAGAGUCUCUGGAGGAAAUGGAAUCCCCUAAUGUUCAAACCCUUGCCACAAAGUUUGAACCCAAACCUGUUGACAACAGCUUUCUAAGGCGUACGCAGAGUUUGAAAAAAAACUUUAAAGUGGAUUCAAAAUUCAGUGUAGUCAAAUCAACGCCUCUCAUAAAUGGAGAGAACUUUUCUGAUUCUAGCCACGAAGAGCAGCCUUCUCUUGAUGAAGGUAAUUUAAAUAUCCCUGGCGAAUCGGGUAGUGAACAAACUCUCUCUGGGAAUUCCCAAUCGCCGUCAGAUGACACAAUUCAUAUGACGUCUUCUGAGAGUUCUGUAGACAAGCAACUGUCAAAUGAAGCCCCCAGGCCCGCAGCCGAUAUCAACUUAAAUGACGAAGAGUUGUACAGUGCUUCACGCAGUCACCAGAAACUCUACAGGCUCAGUCUCAGCAUUGGCAGCACACAAGAAACGACGGACCAGCUCUCUGCCGCAGCUCUUCAGCUUGACAAGGAGCUCAGCCAUUCCAGACCUAUCAUGAGCUCAGAGAGUCUGAGCUACACACACGUGAGUAGGAUGGAGCAGCCGACGAACAUUGCCGGGAGCGUUUCGGCGGACAGCGGCUCACCUGAGCUUGAGCCGACCAAGACUUCAGAUGACGUUUUGCAGACCGGCAAUGUAGACAAUCUGUCAAAGGUCAACUGUAAACAAGCACCGAUCAACAUCCCACGGGGUAAAAUUGACACCAAGUUUUAUGGAGAUUCCGAUGAAGACACGAGUGUCCAUGAAGCUCGUGUCCAGUCCUUCAAAGACAGCUACAAGCGACUGUCGGCCGCCAACUCAAAAUUCAAACUUUUGAAUGACGUCAUUCAAGAAAAUGCUAAUGGCCCUGUCUCAAAACCUGGCUCUAAGAUUCAAAUUCCACCAUCUAAGGAGAUAAGUGGAUCUUCCGCCACUAAUGAACUUAGGACAUCUGCUGAUCUAGUACACCCUGCAAGUAUUUCUCUCAGUUCAUCAAAGCCGUCUCUCGAAAAUAUUGGUAGGAAGAGCUCAGAGGCCAGUAUUAUUUGGGACAAUGUCCAGUCCCGUGAUCCUGACGCCCAGUGGAGGCUGGACUACACCAAUAUCCACGUGGACACCGACAUUGAGAGCCUGGCCAUGUCAUCAGCGUCCUGCGAUGGACAGGGGGGAGGAGAAGGAGGGGACUCCCAGCCGCCAAGUCGGAGGCUGAGCUGUUUCAGCAAUGGCUCUGACAUGAAGGACCAAAGACUGAAUCAGUUUUUGAGGGAUACAGCCAGCAGCUUUAGCUCCCAGUUUGGACAAUCUUCUGAAGAAGACAAAGUAAGUCAAAGGAUAUUUUCUUUUCAAAUAAUUUGUCCAUCCUUUUUAUUUUUACUUUUUAAUUGUAAUUCAUUUAUAUAUAUAUAUAUAUAUAUAUAUAUAUAUAUAUAUAUAUAUUUUAACAUAUAUAUAUAUAUAUAUAUAUAUAAAUAUAUAUAUUAUAUAUAUUUUUUUUUUUUUUUUUUUAAUUUUAUUUUAUUUAUAUAUAUAUAUAUAUAUAUAUAUAUAUAUAUAUAUAUAUAUAUUGUAACAUAUAUAUAUAAAUAUAUAUAAAUAAAUACAUAUAUUAUAUACAAAAUUGGUAAGGAUGGGGUGGGGGUGUGUUACUUGUGGGUCUGAAUAUUGAAUAUUAAAAAAAAACUAUGAUAAAAUUUCCAUUUGUAAAUUAAAUGUGGUCUUAAUGUUUUAAUUAUUGUUGUUAUAUAAGAAAAGAUUCAUAAUGCAUUUGUCAGUAUGAGAAAUCCAUUUUGUGUAAUUUUCAAUGUUUCUUUUUUCAAAGUUAAUUUUUAUCUGCUGGAUGAGAUUUUAAGUUUGUAUUUAUACAUCAACAAGCCAAUCUUUAUCAACAAAGUCUUCAGUCAAUCUUUAUUAACAAAGUCUUAAGUCAAUCUUUAUCAACAAUGUCUUAACUCAAUCUUUAUCAACUAAGUCUUAAGUCAAUCUUUAUUAACAAAGUCUUAAGUCAAUCUUUAUCAACAAAGCCUUCAGUCAAUCUUUAUUAACAAAAUCUUAAGUCAAUCUUUAUCAACAAUGUCUUAAGUCAAUCUUUAUCAACUAAGUCUUAAGUCAAUCUUUAUCAACAAUGUCUUAAAUCAAUCUUUAUCAACUAAGUCUUAAGUCAAUCUUUAUUAACAAAGUCUUAAGUCAAUCUUUAUCAACAAUGUCUUAAAUCAAUCUUUAUCAACUAAGUCUUAAGUCAAUCUUUAUUAACAAAGUCUUAAGUCAAUCUUUAUUAACAAAGUCUUAAGUCAAUCUUUAUCAACAAAGUCUUAAGUCAAUCUUUAUCAACUAAGUCUUAAGUCAAUCUUUAUUAACAAAGUCUUAAGUCAAUCUUUAUCAACAAAGCCUUCAGUCAAUCCUUAUUAACAAAAUCUUAAGUCAAUCUUUAUCAACAAUGUCUUAAGUCAAUCUUUAUCAACUAAGUCUUAAGUCAAUCUUUAUCAACUAAGUCUUAAGUCAGUCUUAUCAAAUUAAAAUUUUUCUUACUUUAUAGAGCAGUUUAAAUAUUUUUAAUAUAUUCAUUCCAACUGUUUUCUAAAUGUAAGGGCUUUAAGAUUUUGCACUGAAUGAAUGUCUGAUGCCUUAAGUCAUGAUUACUUAUUGAAUGCAAGGUCCAAAGAAUGAGUGGGGGCACGAGUAAUGGUUUGUCCUUGUCUCCAGCAAAUGGGCUUCCUGUCCACAUCAAUGCUGAGUGGCUGUAACUCCGUGUCGUGGUCAUCCUAUGAUGAGAUCAGCACACCGCCACAAGGUGACGGUGACAGUGUCAAAUAUAGACUGCCGCGCACGAGGGCGUACAAGUACGUAUUUUAAGGUGUACAUUUGUGGGAGUAUCUACAUUAUAUGGCAUGGUUCAUUCUUGGGUGAAAGAAAAUUACUAUUAUGUGUUACCUCUGAAACCUGUUUUAUAUUUCAAAUUACCAUCUAAUGUCUUCUCACAUAUAUCGAGCUUAAAUAAUGUUAUGGUUACUCCUUGUUCACUAAACAAGCUGGUAUGAUUCCCAUUCAGUUAUUAAGUUGACAGUAAUUAUUUUCCUGUUGUAUUAUUAGUUUGAUGCCAUUUUGUUUAUGUAGAAUUGACAUGCAAUUAAACAUGUUAAACAAGCACUAGCAACAUUUUGCUGACAUUUUAAAAAUAUUAAAUUGACAAAAAUUCCAUCAGCAAAUAUGCAAGAAGUAUUUCUCACUGAAACCAGAUCUCUGUGGCAGCCUUAUAGUCCUGACAGUGUUAAAUUAUCAGACCUGACAGUCUUUAAGUCAUUGUGAACAAAUUUGUAUUUUUUUUAAAAUUCACAUUAGUUUAUCUCAUUUUAUAAACUCUGUAAGUGCAUUUAUGCUCUCUUGACUUAGUUGAACACCUUUUUAAAAAUAGAAAUGACUCAUGACUUCUUGACUUUUAACAUAAUUCAAUAUGGAUUAUUUAACCUUCUGGAAAAUAUAAAUAGUGAUACCUAUAUUUUGGAAAAGACAUGAGUUAGCUUUCUUGAAAGACAAUCUCCCAUUAUGAAAUGACGGAUUUAGGCAGGCGUAUAGAGAAACAAGUUAAUUUUUAAAAGAUGAAGUCAAUGUCAGUCAUGAUCCUUUGUACCAUGGUGCCAAACCAUUGACCUUAGGUUUCUGGAUCUGCCGUCAGUCCAACUCGCACGACCCCACAGUCUAGAAUAGUAUGUUUUAAACUCCAGAUACCACUAUACAAGCACGUCUUUCUGUCUGUCCACAGCAUGGAGAGCCGGACCACAAGUAUAGCCAGUACUAUAGACAUGUACGGCAGCACUGACCUGUCACUGCUGAGCAAAAAUAAGAUCUCUGAUAAACCCGUCAAGUGGCUCGUGGCAACUGAGUAAGUCAUCUCCCCUGACUUUUUAAGACAUGACAAAACUUAACCAUUGCCUUCAUGACUACCACCUCUUGUCUGUAGCCUAAUAGGCAAGGUUCAUGUGGGGCCUUUUGUAAGAGGAAAAAUCCAGAAAAAUUUGCAUCUAGAUAUUCGUUAACUAUUCUGUCCUUUAUUUUUCCAUUGAAUUCAAGUAAGGAAGCAAAUCAAAUAAUUAUGUUUUCAAAUAAUUUUCCAAUUUUUAUUCUCUCAAAGCCAUCAACCUUCUUUUUUAAAUUUAAAAACUUAUUUUAAUGUACCUAGCUGAUUAGUUUCUGUGUGUAAACAAGAUUUCAUUUUAACUCUCAUCGCUAUUCACAUCUCUUAAAAAAGAGCUUUCAUAUAUUAUGUCACCUCAUUGCCAUUUUAUUAAAGAAUAUUUUUAUAUAUAAUUCAUUUGUAUUAUUAUUAUACAUACUUAUAAAUAAUGAUGAUACAUUCUGUAUUGAAAAAGACUAGUAAUGUAUAAUAAUUGCAAAAAUUGUUACUGUAUUUUAAAAUAAUUUACUUUUUUUUAUCUGAAGAAGCCAAGGAAAGCCAGUGGUUCUCAGCUUUUCAGGGUCUCACUCUGAUGAUGAAGCUGUUUUGAUAUGGUCUAGGGAGGCUAAUGAGGUGAGAAACAUGUGAUUAUUUUUCUUUUAAUUCUCUCUGUUGUUAUCGUUUGCUAUCGUAAUUUGUUUUAUAGUUUAAUUAUUUAUUUGAUCUGAUUUGUUAGAUAGUUGAAUUAUUUCUUUGAUCUGAUUGGUUGUCUAAUGUCACUGAUCUGAUUGGCUACUUUGCCUGUCAGUUUUGCUGUUGAUUUGUUAUUUGCUAGAUUUGAUGGUUUGUUAGCUUUAUGAUUAUUUUUUUUUAUUUAAAAAAAAAAAAAAAUUUCUUUAAAGUAUUGCAGCAUUAAGCCAUAUUUAUGGGGAUUUUUUAUUGGACUUUUCGUUGGCAAUAAAAUAACUGAAAUAUUUACUUUAGUUGUGGUUUCCAUCACUGGAAAAAUCAAUAAAACUGUCUCAAUGAACCUGCCUUUUGCUUUAUCAUUCUUGACACUAACAGACUCUGUGGACCAACGCCCCGGUAUUAGAGUACAAUCCAACCACUCGAAUGGCCACUCUGCCAAGCUAUAUGAGGCCCCAGCUAUCCAAUUCUGCCUCAGCUCGUACAAGCCCUCAUAUCCGGCUCACCAGCCAGAACAGCAACUGAUGCAGGGACUCGGAUUCUGGAUUGUGUUAGCCAUGUACCAAAUUAUGCCUGGUGAUGGCAUACUCCUGGCCCGGGGACAGAUGACUUCGGUGACAUUCUCCUGACCUAAGGUUAGAUGACCCAGUGACUUUUUUUCUGAUCCAGGCAUGUAUGACCUCAAUAAAGUUACUUAAAAGCUGAGUUACCAGUUGUUACAAUGCCAAUUAUAUUUUUACUUUGUAUGUGAAGCUCAGCUUGUUCAAAGUAGACCCAUUUAAGAAAGAUAUUUUAUGGGAUAUACACUCCAAUAUGCGUAAUUCAAUCAUGAACCAUUUAAUGUAUGUGUAUAUUGUUUCCUCUGAACAAUAAGUUAGUUGCAAUGCCAAAUAUCUUUUAUUUCUUCAUUGAUGUAAAAUAUUACAAAUGUGGGGAUCUUAAAUACAGCAUUCAUUGUACAUUUAUAUUUAUGUAUACAUAAUAAAAAGUUAUGUUGUAAAAUAUGUUUUCUAAGGUUUGAAAUUCUGAAGGAUCUGAUAGAUCCUUUUAUCCUGUACAGCAUUUUAUAAUGAAAAUUU